CGGGAGCUCUUGCUAUAGUCCCUCAAGAACGAGACAAAAUCCACUGUUUGUUUGGGCUGAUACGUUGAACCGUGGGCUCGUUAACCUGAAUGAAUAUAGCUGGAUCUAAAACAAACCCAUUGUCGGAUAUUGGAGUAGACUUUGAAGCGCUGAACAGGAAGGAUAAAAGAAUGGAGAAACCAAGUGCAACCGCGGUUACGUCAACUACAACCAUGGGUUCGGGUUCUGGAAUCGGACGUGCGGGUGCAGGUGCACUCAGACCCCAACCGAACCCCAUGAUGGGUCCCAGCAUGGCUGCACCAGGUUAUGGAGGCAUGAACCAGCCCAUGGGCCAGUUCCAAAUGCAACCACCGUCAGCAGGGUAUCUACCGCCUGGAACUUACAAUCCUAUGAUGGGUCGUGGCGGUGGUCAACAGCCGUAUGGUGGUUAUAGAUAAAUUGAAGAGGAUCUUUUGAACCGGACGGGAGAUUUAUUGUGAGGGAAAGAUGCAAUCGUUUCGUUUGAUGAAGAAGUUGUUCACGUUAUGUAUGAUUGUAUCGUGUAAUAUGCAUAUGGUUUUGAUAUGUUGUAGGUAUUGUGAAGUUUGUAUAUGAAGAGGACAUAACCAAACUCAGGUUGCCUCAUAGAACGGUUUUUUGUCGUA